AUGUAACUAACCUUAAACCUAUUCCUUCUGGUUAAGACAACGCUUUAUCGAUACUGUUACGAAACAGGACAGGCCUGCACGAAUGCAUUGGUCCAUCACUUCAAAACUCUUUACAACCUCAUUUGCAAGUCAGAUUGUGAUGCUGGUGUUAUUUUUGUCGCAGAAAUGACCUGUGCAAAACACGUCCUAUGUCACAGAGCGGUUCCGCAGUGUGUAGAAGCGGUGCAACAGAAGUUGUGUUUAAGACCUGCGUAUUUCUCAGUCCAGAGAUGUUUUCAUGCUGAACAAAAAGGCAAUGAUUCCAGAGGGCUUCCAAUCGUACACCAUCGCAAGUAUGUAUGUGAUCUCCCACCCAAUCAUCGAUUUCCUAUGGGGAAAUUCCCCAAGGUGUUGGACUUCCUGCUUAAGGACCAGGUGAUUACAGAUAAACAGGUGUGUGUCCCUAAAAUAGCCUCCCAAGAACAACUGCGUUUCGUGCAUACAGAGGAAUACCUCAACAACUUUAUAAAUGGAAACGUUGGAGAGAAAGAGCAAAGGAGGACUGGCUUUGCCUGGAGUGAGGGCAUAGUUCGACGCUGCAGAUAUGAAACAGGGGGCACGGUGCUAGCAGCAGAGAUAGCACUGCAGAGAGGACUAGCAUGUAGCACAGCUGGAGGGACUCACCAUGCUUUCCCCAGCUUCGGCUCAGGGUUUUGCCUUAUCAAUGACCUGGCAGUAGCAGCCAGGUGUCUGAUGGGGGACUCCACACCCAGGAAGAAGAUUCUCAUUGUUGAUCUAGAUGUACAUCAGGGGGAUGGCACUGCUUUCAUAUUUGAGAAGGAUCCUGAUGUCUUCACAUUCUCAGUGCAUUGUGGGAAGAACUUCCCAGUGCGUAAACAGCGGAGUGAUCUGGAUGUGAGUUUGGAGGAUGGCAUAGAGGAUAAAGAGUACCUCGAUACAGUGAAGACCCAUCUGCCAUGGGUGCUGGACAGGUUCCGUCCCGACCUGGUCCUGUACGAUGCGGGAGUGGAUCCCCACUGGGAGGAUGAGCUGGGCAGGCUCCGGCUGACAGACCAAGGGUUGUAUCAGAGAGAUCUGUACGUCAUGAAGACUGCCGUGAGCAAAGCUAUCCCUGUAGCCACUGUGAUAGGAGGCGGGUACUCCAGAGACCUUGCCAAGCUGGCCCUCAGACACUCCCUCGUCCACAGAGCUGCCACACAGAUAUGGAGAGAGCUGUGAUGUAACCUCAUCUAUCUGGAGAUGGUCCAGAGAGAAAUCAACCAUAUGUAGAUAAUAGUAACAGUGAAAACUACCCACAGAAAUUACCAACCCAAUUUUUUUUUCAUAAAUAAAAGGAUAUAAUUA